ACGGAAGUUGGUACAUAUGAUGUGAGCCAGCUGGCACGCGAGCACAUUCAGAUUGUUGAGGCCGACAGUUUUUGGUGUGUUACGGCAUUGUUGGAUACAAUUCAAGAUAAUUAUACGUUUGCCCAGCCUGGCAUUCAGCGCAAAGUUCAUCAGCUGCAGCAUUUGUUGAGUCGUGUUGAUAGUAUGUUGCUCGAUAAUGCUACUUUUUAA